AUGGCCCAAUUUCAGGCCAAACAGCCUAAUCGCCCCAGCCCACAGCCAACAUCAGCAUCAGGAACCAGUGGAAGUUUAUCCAUGGCAGAAAUUCAACGUAAAAUCGCUGAAGCCAAAGCGCGAAUCGCGGCGGGUACGGGCGCUUUAACUACAGCGAAUGCUUCAGGCUCACCUCUUUCUGGACGUGCAACACCCAACCAUAGUCUCAAACCUCCUGCUUUGCCGCUGUCAGGCGAGGUCGAUUUGAAAGCAAUGUUAGAUACGGGUCUUAUUCCUCGCAGAGAAACUGUGAAUACAAAGGCUAUGCAACGCUCGAAACAGAAAUCGGCAGCAGCAUCUAUACCAGCCAUCGCCUCACCUGCAGCAGCAGCAUCGACAUCGACAUCGGCUUUGGCUGAAAAGAAAAAAGCGUUCAAAUUGGUGGAUACAGUGCCACCGGAAUUCACCGACCCUACUAAAAAUCCAUAUUUCGAUCCUUCGAUGGAGGUCAAAAUAGCACCUAAACAACGUCGUGCACGUCAACUCAAAUUUGUUCAGCCGGGUAAAUACGUCGCUAUCGCCAAUCAGGAGAGAGCCAAAGCACAGUUAGAAAAGUUGAAGCAAGAGAUUACAGAAAGUGUAAAGAAAGCGGGUAUGCAAGCUGAAUUGGAUGUGUCGGAUAAAGUGAUCAAAAGAGAUCCUCCACCUGCUGUGGAAUGGUGGGACGCGCCCUUUUUGCCCAACAAAACGUAUGAGGAUGUACCCGCUGCGGACGAGAACGACAUGGCGGUCGAUUUCGACCCUGCUCAGUUUGAUACGCUCGUCACCAUGUACGUUCAUCAUCCUGUACCGAUACAAGCGCCUUAUGAGGCCAAUCAAACACCCAUUGUUCGAUCCUUAAUGUUGACGAAAAAGGAACUGAAAAAAAUGAGACGACAGCGUAGAGCCGAAGCAUUGAAAGAUAAACGAGACAAGAUCCGAUUAGGUUUGCUAGAACCAGAUGCACCUAAAGUGAAAAUCAGUAAUUUGAUGAGAGUGUUGGGUGAUGAAGCCAUUCAAGACCCUACCAAGGUGGAAGCAAAAGUAAGAAAGGAGAUGGAGCUUCGACAAAAGAUGCAUGAAAAGGCGAAUGAACAGCGUAAAUUGACACCUGAAGAAAAGAGAGCAAAGAUAUUGAACAAGUUAAAGGAAGAUCAAAAGCAUGUGAAUGAAGCUGCUGUAUUCAAGUGA